CACACAAUGAUCGCCCAGGUUGUUUUAUUUUUCUUACUUAUGACUUUUAGAACCUGCUUGUUACAGGAGCGUGUAUACACGCCUCUGCGUUGUGAGGAAACCAAUAUUAAUCAAACCCGAUCUUCGCUUAUAGCCGCAUGCCUAAAGGCAGAUGAAUGCUAUAUUGUAAGACCUGUGGGAAGUUGUCCAGAAAAUGAAGUGUGUUGUGUUAAGGAAACCGGCUUUAAAAUUGAAGAGGAUGAAUUGAUUGAGCCACCAGAUUAAUAUUAAAUUAACACACUUUCUUUUAUUAUUCUAAUAACCAAAUAAAAUUAACAACUGGUAAGAUGACAAAAUGAGUCAUUGAAUCAAUGCACACAAA